CACUUAGCAUGUCCGCUGCAGCUCUGUGCCGGCUAGCGUUCCCUGAGCGGAGUCACAACGGCGCUAUGAAUCUCUGAAAGAACAUCAAUCACUCUUUACCAGCUCAGCAGCAACCGUUUCCGCCACGUCGCCCGUGGUUCUCUCACGAUCUUCUCUUCCCCCUAGGCGAGUCGGUCCUUCCUAAUUGGGAGGCUGAUAGCUCAGAAGUUGCCAAGUGGUCCUCCGCGCGGUCAUCUGCCAAGGGACGGACAUCAACUAGCCACCAAUAUUCAAUUGUGUACAGCCGAGACAAGUUGCAUCAACUCUCGAUCAAGGGGAGACUCGACAAGGAGCGAUUUAUUACCUCUGUAUCGGCGACAUACGAGAUGCCUUGGUUCAGGAAACUUCGAUUCGGCAGGAGGAAGAGUAAAAAGACCAAAAGAGAGAUUUCUGAGCCGACGAGUUUCCAGCACUGCUACCACGCGACGUUGGACAAUGCUAGCGGGGAGUUUAUGGGUCUACCGCCUCAAUGGCUCGGACUAAUCGGCUCAGGCACUGCUGCCAACGAGAAACCCCCAAAGUCGCCGUCUUCGUCGCGUGCUUCGUCCUCCACGGUCGUUCACGUUGUCGUUCCGUCGGAGACGCGAGCGAGCGUUGGUUUUGUCGUGGAACCGCCGAUGACUACGGCCAGCGGCGGCGCGGUGGUGACUGCCGACGCUGAAGAGACUGAAAGAGGAGGCAGCGUAGCGGGAGAAGAAGGGGAGACGACGCCGCGGACUGCGUCGUACCGUAGCGGGAACAGCAGUCCCGUCAGCAGCGUCCUAACUACCUCGCGAGAGAGCGCCAGUACCACCACGACCGCUAGCAGCGGUGGCCGACGAGUCCCCAUCAUCCGCGGCUCGGACGGCUGCCUCGAAGAGACGAUAAAGUACAUCCGAACACACUACCGCUCGGCGUCCAGCGCAAGCCCGGCAUCGUUCGAGGACAGCGCUACCACGCCCGAGGAGCAGUACGUCGACAUACACUUCGGUUCACGGAGCCGUAGCGGAUCUCUGAUGCAGUUGCGCGGAGGUAGAGCGUCGAGUAGGACACCUUCGAACGGUUCCCCGCGCCCCAGCCCAGCUGCAUUCGGUUCUAGUACCCACACAGUUGGCAACACGUCGGUUGCUCCCCUCUCUUCCAACUCUGCCUUCUGUAUGAGUGCCCCGCAGGAUUUGAACGUGGUGCAGUCGGACCUGGGGCUCUACGAUUGUGGAACAACAUCCACUAGCAACACGACUCUGUUUCGCUCUCGAAUCCACUCCCCCAGCGAGAGCUCGGGGUAUUUUGGGAGCACACUGUCGAGUUUGUGUAGCUCGCGGAUAUCGGCUCUCUCUUCCAUUCAGCAAAUCCACGCAACUCCUAGUUCAACUGCUGCUACGCAACCCAAUACUUCUACGACUGCACAGCCAUCGUCCUCCUGCACGGGACAGUCGCAACAUCGCUGCUCGGCGCUCCGCGAAACCUCCGAGUUUCCGUGGAUUCACCCACAAAUGAGACACGGACAGCCGCAUUUCAGUUCGCUCCAACGCCCGGCAAAGUUCUGUCGCAACAGCCCGGAAAACACGCCCCACUCGGCCACGACGUCGCGACCGUACCCCCACUGUAACUCGGGAUCAAACGUCGCCAAUUUCACCGGUAGUCCUCCCGCACAAUACGGAACAAAUCCUAGAGCGUACUCUCAUCGUCCUAGAGGGGACUCUGUGGAUAGUGCACUCAUUUCAAGAAGCUACAGAGAGAAAGCUGCACAUGAAUCGACUCGGUACCCGUACAAUCGCAGCGGGUGCUCGGCGGGGAAAUCAAACUCACAACACCACUCGCUCGGAAUCUCACUCUACCAACCUUUCCCCGUACUCUCCGUCCUCACAACCGCAAGCUACAACAGUCGCUACAACGCAGCGUAG